GGUCCCAGCAGUAUUCGGGAGGCUGAGCUUCAGGUCGGCUGGCCUUCCCGUUUCCGUGACGAGAACCUGCUGUAUGCCAUGGAGAUUCAAACUGACGGACCAAUUAGCUGCCGGACGAACACCAGCCUCAACCCACUUGGCCUCCAGAUAUCGGCUCUCCAGGACACACCUGAGUUACUGGGUUUCUUGAGGAACACCAGCUCUCCUCCUCACCGUCGCAAGCGAGCCGCCGGCAGAGCGCAGAGUUACAGCGGCAAAACCUUGAACUGCACCAACAUCUCCUGUCUGAGGAUCACAUGUGUGGUUGGCCGGCUGGAUCGUGGACACAGUGCAGUGGUCAAGAUCCGCUCGAGACUCUGGGCACACACUUUCCUGCAGAGGCGUAACGACCCGUAUGUUCUCAACUCCACCGUGUCCUUCAUGGUCACAGCGUUGCCUUAUAGAAUCCAACCUCCCACGCUGCCUCAGCACGCCACCUCGAUGGGGACCCUGGUGUUGUGGGGGACUCCUGAUGUUUCCUUUGCUGUUCCACUCUGGGUCAUCAUCCUGGCCAUACUGCUGGGGCUGCUGGUGCUGGCCAUGCUCACACUCGCCAUGUGGAAGUGCGGCUUCUUUGACCGAGCGCGGCCACCAGCCGAUGACGAUGUCUCCGACCAGGAGAGGCUGACGUCUGAUCAAAUAGGAGACGCCUAAAACGAUGCAUUACAGCUUCCGUUUGGAGGACUGAGGUUUGGGAGGGCAGUGCACCUUCUGAGUAACUUAAAUCAGAUCUGAGAUCUGUAGUAGUUGGAGCCUACAUUCCUUGGCUGGACAUCUUCUGCCUCUCUAUUAAUGACACCGACUUAAAGGACAGACAGAAGACACAUGGAGGACUGCAGCGCCCUACGGACUGGGAACGAGGAGGGGAAGUUCAAACCAGACAGAAUGGGACCAAAAACACACUCCACAGGCUCAAUCACACUCACACACACACACACACACACAUCUAUUGUUUAUCAAUUGUGAUGAAGCACCAGGACUGAAGACAGAAUGGACAUUGUUAUGAAGACAAUGCUUUCAAUGUUUCUGUUGUUGAAUGUUUUCACGUGUAAGUGGGACACAAAGAGACGAAAAUCAAUGCACAAAUGCUUUUGUGAGGAUGAGUGUGUUUGUUUGUUUGUGAGUGUAUGUGCAGAUACUGUACAUAUGUGUGUGUGUUUAUUAGGUGUCUUGUGUGUCAUUCUUUCAUUCACUUCUUGAAUUUCUUUCCUCAGCUAAUUUAAUUUAUGUAUAUACAGAGUUAUUACACACACACACAUCAGCCACAAGCAUAAACACAAAAGGCACAAAGUUAAUGUGUAUAUUUAAGAAUGUAUGUGCAAUAUUUGGGUGUUGCGUGAUACCGAAAGCUUGUUUACACUGGCAUUAUUUUUUAUUAGAGCUAAAUGUUUUCUGUAUAUAAGUAAUUCAUUGUUAUGUUAAUAAUUUUAGUUUCGUAAAAAGCACAUAGUUCAGGCGGACUUAAGCCACCACAAAAAAACAAUGUAGAAGGAGACAAAUAACAAAUAACUUAUUACUGUGUUGUCUAAUAUUUUGGAUUUGAUUAUUUUAGACUUAACGGCUAAGCAGUUGUUAUUAAAAACACAUUGUAGGCAGUGUGGGGCUGAGCAUUGUUGCACAAACUGUCUGGUAUUUAUCAGAGUUAAUGUUGUCAUUUGUUAAUCAGAUGGUAAAACGUAUGAUCAUCUGCAGACAGAACAAAGUGGUUCGUGCAUCAAUAAUACCCAGAUUUAAAAGGUCCUACAUUCCUGUUAUUUGUACCAAGUGUGACAGUUUAUCAGAAUAAAGUGUUGUUUUCUUGCUCUCAUCA